UUCAGGCCACUCGACAUGGCCAAAAGAAGAUGAUCAACUAUUUAUUGCAAUUCAGCAACAAUUAUUUGGACUAUGAUUCUGCAACACGUUUUACAUCGGGCGUUCUUUUAGUAAAGUUGCUUAUAACUGCUGAAUUUUAUGACUUGGCGUUAGACUUGAUUAAAAAACAUCCAAGUUUAGCGACAAUGACAUUUUAUGGUGGUGAAUCUCUGUUGAGUGAAAUAACCAAAAAGCCAUCAGCAUUUCCGAGUGGAAGAACAAAAAGGCUACCGUUUUGGGGAUACGUCGGUGUUUCUAAGGUUACGAGCUAUACAAAAAAAAUAGGAGAGACAAAGUUGAUGAGUGAUUACAAAGUACUUGAACUUGUCAAACACUUGUGCAAGGGGCAGAAAUGGGGGUCUGUGAAAUUGUGGAAGAGAUUAUAAAGUCAUAUCCUGAUGCAAUCUGGUUUACGAAUGAAAAGAAUCAAAAUCUGUUCCACUUAGCAGUCAUGAAUCGUCAAGAGAAAGU